CCGCUAACGACGAAAACCUCAGUAACAAAAGUAAGGAAGAAGAUGGUGAAUCUAAACCAACUGCUUGCAAAAUGCAAAACCCUCAACCAUGUAAAGCAACUGCAAGUCUUUAUCAUCACCCUGGGAUACACCCAAAAUCAGCUCUACGCCUUUAAGCUCGUCCGCUUCUGCCUUGUCACUCUUGACAACCUUCCCUAUGGUCGCCUCAUCUUCGACUGUCUCAGCUCCCCCAAUGUAUACCUCUUCGCUGCCAUGAUCACCGGUUAUGCCUCCCAAUCCCACCACCGUUCUGCUUUUCUGUUGUACCAAUCCAUGCUUCGUCAGGGAAGCGCUCGACCCAACCAGUUUAUCUACCCCCACGUCUUGAAAUCUUGUCCAGAGGUUUUUGAGUCUCAUGGGACUGCAUUGGUGCAAACGCACAUUAUGAAAUCGGGUUUUGGUCAAUACCCAGUUGUACAAACAGCUCUUGUUGAUUCCUACUCGAGGUUCCGCUCAGAUGUUGGCUCAGCAAGACAGGUAUUCGAUGAAAUGUCUGACAAAAAUGUCGUGUCCUGGACGGCUAUGAUUUCUGGGUACACUAGAGUUGGGGACAUUGGCAGUGCUAUUUUGUUGUUUGAGAAAAUGCCGGAGAGAGAUGUCCCUGCUUGGAAUGCUGUUAUUGCUGGGUGCACGCAGAACGGCCAGUUCUCGGAGGCAAUUUAUCUGUUCAAAAGAAUGUUACUUCUUGCGCAUGGAGGGCAACAUCUAGAAAAUAGGCCAAACCAGGUUACAGCUGUUUGUGUACUUUCAGCAUGUAGUCACACUGGCAUGCUGCAGCUUGGUAAAUGGAUCCACAGCUAUAUUUACAAAAAUGCGCUUGGUCCAGAUUCAUUUGUUUCCAAUGCUCUAGUGGAUAUGUAUGGGAAAUGUGGGAGCUUAAAAGUGGCAAGAAGGGUUUUCGACAGGACCUCAGGAAAAAGCUUGACAUCUUGGAAUUCCAUGAUCAACUCUUAUGCUCUGCACGGCCAAAGCAACGAUGCAAUUGGUGUUUUUGAAGAAAUGAUACGGUGUGGGGCAGAUGUUAGACCAGACGAGGUCACUUUUGUUGGCUUAUUCAAUGCUUGUACUCAUGGAGGAUUGGUAGAGCAAGGUAUUUCUUAUUUUGAUUUGAUGACUCGGGGUCACGGGAUUGAGCCUCAAAUAGAACACUAUGGAUGCUUGAUAGACCUUCUUGGUCGAGCAGGUCGAUUUGAGGAAGCCAUGGAAGUUGUGAGGGGAAUGAGAAUUGAACCUGAUGAGGUUGUAUGGGGUUCUCUGCUUAAUGGAUGUAAGAUUUAUGGUCGUACUGAUCUCGCAGAAUUUGCAGUUAAAAAUUUAAUUCAAAUUGAUCCUAAUAAUGGUGGUUAUGGUAUCAUGUUGGCCAAUAUAUAUGGGCAGUUGGGGAAGUGGGAUGACGCCCGGAAGGUGAGAAAGGUGUUGAGGGAGCGAAAUGCUUAUAAAACCCCAGGUUGCAGUUGGAUUGAGGUUGAUAACCAAGUUUACCAAUUUUAUUCCGUUGACAAAUCACAUCCUAGAACGGAAGAGAUCUACCAAAUCCUAGACACGCUUGUUGGUUUUAUUAUUUUGAAGUCAAGUUGCAAUUGAUCUCGAAUUCUCAGACUCCUCUUAUUUCUUCCCAAUCCAUGAACUCUGCUUAAAAGCCCAAAUUUGGUUCAACAGUUCAAGCAAGGUUAUUUGGUUCCUACCUACUAUAUAACCACAUUUACAUAUAAAAGGUCCAGGUGUCUUAGCGCAACAAUAUGACUUACUCCGAGUGACUUGGUGUGGAGCUUCAAGUCUGGAAAUAUAUAUACUAUAUAUAUAAUGCUUUUCUUUUGCUCGCCGAAAAGGUACCGACCACCUGCAUUAGCCCACCAUUAAUCUGGAAAUGACAGAGUAUGUUUUUGCCUCACUGAGCCUCGCAUUGGUGAGAAACUCGUAUACUGGACCACCCUGUUCUGAGUUGUAUUAAGGACUCUUGUAGCUGAGUUGGUAACGGCCAACUGCACAUCACCGGUGGUCUUUCUGCCUUCCAAGUGAUAAUUAGAAACAGCAACGCAGUUGUUUUGGAACAGCAUCUAAAGAGGGCAUUGCUUUAUGUGGUAGACGAGUACAAUUCUUGGAUGCAGUCGACAGGUUUGACAAAAGCUCCUUUCACCCUACUAAUAUACUUGUGUCCAUUUAUUUAAUGAUGGUUCCUGAGUUGCGACUUAUUCGAUUGAUCUGUAUUUUUGUUUUUAUUUAGCUCCUAGUCUCUUUUGACUUAAAACACAUACAUUAAGUUCACAUAGAAGUGUUGUAUGAUCAUGGCAUAAAAUUGACGAUUCCUCUGUUAUAUGAUUAUAUCCAACGACGAAAACUUUAGGAAUGUGGGCAUAUUUCCCACCAUGGAAACAUUGUAUCAAGAUAAUUGAGUGAGUUU